GAAUCCAAGUAGUCGACUGGGAAGAAACGACAAGUGUCUCCUCACAGCAAACACCGACGUAAGCGGAAGGACUCAGCUGGCACAGCUGCUGGAUGUUCAAGGAAUACUAGAUUGUUCAGGCUGUGGGGGAAGAAGGGGAAGAAGUGAUGUGCAACAGCGGCAGAAAAACUCUGGAAAAAGGGAAGAGUGUGUGAAGAAGUAGGGGGGUCCAUUUUCCUGAAGAAAAAUCGACCUUCUCGAACAAAAUGACGGGAAAGUUAAUCAAAUCGAUCCGCGCGUCGUCGCCACCACCACCGACUUGGUCGUCCUGCUCCAAUUAACCAACCUGCUCCUGUGUGUGCGGAACAAAAAAAAAAGGAUAUGGUGAAAGAGAACGUUAUUCGGAAGCAUAAAAAACUGUGAAGAAGUGUGUGGGGGUGUGUACUGUAGCAUACCAAAGGAAGAGAAGGCAUCUUGUUCAAACCCAGUGUGCUUCACAAUAAAAUGGUCAGUUCCACCAUCACGCUAGAUAAGAAAUCAUCGUCUUCAUCAUCAUCAACCGCAACAGCAUCAGCACAGCAACAAGCUUCGUCCAGCGCCGAACAGAACAAUAUCAUCUCGAUACCGCUCAACGCCGCCACCACCACCAGCAACAACGGUGACGCUUUGAAUCUCAGUGAGCAAAAGAUUUCGAUUCUGUUUCCAAAAUGCAAGCCUAGAACCGCAGCCGAGCAGCAGCACUACUCCGGGGGGAACUUUGCCAGUGUUGUGAACAAUAACAGUAGUGGUGGGUACGGCAUGAGCACAACCGCAACCAACAGCAAAUCGGACACUUCUUCGUCGCUUACCACGCCUACUUCGCUCACGUCAUCGUCGUACAAGCCGUACGGGGCGGCGGAGUCCGGUACGAUGAGGGGUGCCGGCGUUUCCGGAAGUGGUGGUUCCGGCUAUGACCUGCUCAAGUCGGACUCUAGCUCGCGCAUCAACAACAACCCGUACGAGGGCAGUCGGCUGGGCCGGCACGCCACGAGUUCGGUGGACAAGUACAGCUUUUACUACAACAAUCAACCGCCACCACUGUCGACGUCUCCCACGGAGAACAAUGCCAACAACGCGACGGCCGCGAGCCAGUUCCUGCCGACGGACGACGAGGAAGAGGAGGAAGACUUACGGAAGAGCAGCUAUCCGCAGUCGCGGCACAGUUACUACACCAGUCGCCAAUCGCAUUACUACAAUCUUCCAAAGCAAGACCCUGCCGGAACGCCCAGCAACGUGGCGCCGUCCCGUUAUCACUGGGAUUUGUCCUACUCGCAACCCGUUGCGUCCUCCCAGUCGUCCUCCUCCUCCGCGGCGGUCAAGCACGCCUCGCUCAAGUCCACGUACAGCAAGGUGCUCCAGUCGCCGCUGGAAGACGAAAGCGACAUCGAGGACAAGCUAAAGUACUUCAACUACCAAAACGAGAUGCACAACAGCAGCAGUAGCACGGCGAUCAAAGCAAGCGCCGGCGGCGAAAAGCCGAGCAGCCUACUGAGUGGAAUUUACAGCAACUACAAGACUAAUGAGAUGAUUGUCUUCAGCGAUAUUGACGAAGAGCGGCGACGUGUUCAGCAGCAAGAGGCCGGCGGUUCCACCGGUCUGCACGUGUCCGCCGUAGAUAAUCUGAACGACGGAGUUAUGGCGCACAACCAGCAUCACUAUCAGCAGCAGCAGGAGAGUAACGAUGGAGUGGUGGCGAGUGGUGGCAGCAGCAGCAAAACUAGCAGCAGUGUCCUCGCCGGCAAGAUGGAAGAAUCGAGCGGCAAUGCGCACAAAAGCAUGGCGAACAACUCCGGAUCGAACAUUAUGGAAUACGAAGGCUCGCCACGACGGUUCGGGCUGAACCUGAACGAGGACAGCAACUCCUCGUACUACAUCUCGUCCAACUUUAAGCUAAAUCUGACUUCCCCAUCGCUACUGACACCGCCACGUCCGGGCUUCCCGCAGCGUGUGAUACCGAGCCAGCAGUCGACGACGACCUCAACGACCUCGAACAACAACGGAAGCUCGAGUACGGCCACGACGCCCACGCCGACCAGCAAUCACUACCACCCGGCCCGAUCCCCAACCCUGCUGGAGCAGGUCAGUUCCGGGCUGAACAGUUCCGUCACCUUCGACGCCAACGCCCUGCUCAGCGAGUUCGACGCCAAACGGGCCGCCGUCAGCAUCACCAACAGCAUGCCCAGUUCCGACAGCAACAGCAAGCUGAACGUCCUCCGGCUGGACGGCGAAGACUACCGGAGAGCGGACGAACAAAAGGAAUCGUCGUCGUACAUGAAGCGAAUCUCGCCCGAGACGAAGCCAACGCUGGGGCUGACCUCAACCACGGCCGACGACAAUCCGACCUUUGGGGCGGGUUCCUUUACGACCCCCAUCACGGCGUCCUCCACCUUUGACUAUCUGUACGAGUUUUCCGAGACGCGCAAGGUGCUGGAAGAGUUCUUCAAGUGUCCCACCACGGAGGACGUGGAGAAGGCGUUCGAGAAGUUUAGCGACUACAACGAAAGCGGGGACGACGUGGAGAGUUUGGACAUCCAGUACGAGUAUCCGACCGAGUUGGACAGCAAAGCACUCGAGACGACCUACAUUGGCGUCGGUGGUGGCGGCGGCCCGGAACAGACCGGGGGACCACUGCUGGAGAGUGUGACGGCAAGAGCAGCAGCAGCAGCAGGUGCCACUGGUCGCAAAUCACCAAUCAAUAACAACAACCACAAUGCGAGCGACGUCGACGGUGAAAUUGAAGACGAUGGCUGCGACGGGAGCAAAGCGAGCGACGCCGGCGGCAGCAACUCCCUGGACGACGAAGAAAACGACGACGAGGACGAGGACGAGGACGACGACGACUUGGACAUCACCGGCACCGGCAGCAACAAUCUCAAGUACAUGAUCAAUGUGAAGAGUAAGCCAAGAAUUAAAAACGGAUACAGCAGCUUUCGGAAGAAGAAACAGGAAAAGAAGCUCAAUUCGGUGGGUGGGGGAAUGUCGUCGGGGAUUGUCACCGUGACGGGCGAUAACGAUGGCGAGGAUGAGGAAGAGAUUGACAUUUAUAGUGCGAACCAUCAUCACCACCAUCAUUCGCAGCAGCACAGUUUUCAGCAGCAGCAACGAUUGCAGCAGCAGGAACUGCCGCAAAUGCUUUCGAGGCAACACGUGACCCCGCAGCAGCAACAGUAUCAGGAUCACGAGCGGCACUUUAGCCUGUACUUGGAUCCCGGAAGUCGUGCCAGCAGCUGUGAUGUUAUUAACGAAAGCAAUCUCGACUCGACGGCGACGACGCAGUUCAUAAUGAACGGAAAUGGGAAAAAGCUCAAAACUGGCAACACUGGCAAUGGCGGCGGAGGAGGAAGCGGAAAGAAGCCGUUGACUCGGCGGCACAGCAAAAAUUUCAACUAUUCGCCGGAUACGACCGAUUACGAGAGCAACUGCGGCGACUACGACAGCGAGAUAUCGCUCAAGUAUGGCAGCGAGUACGGCACGGCCAUGGCAAACGGCGCCCCCGGCAUGACGAUGUGCGACGAUUUGAACAAUGGCGUCAUAACUUCGUCCACGGGACUGAAUUCUUCCGCGCUCAACGGAACCACCGGCGAUAGCAUGAACAACGUCAACAACUCAUCGUCCGCCGCAGGAACCAACAACUAUGCGCGCUACUACACCAGCAUGCCGGUACUGGAGGAUGGUCUGUCCAGUGGGCACGUUUCGGACGCGGAAAACAACAACCCGGGAACACUACUCCCAACCCCGGAUAUCAUCAACAGCAGCCACAAGUUGCAACAGCAGCAGCAGCAGCAACAGGCGAUCAACUCGUACAACAAUCUGCUGACCUCGCCCACCGGUGGACAUCCAAUCAAUUCGGCGCCGUCGCCGGUGAUGACAAACAACAAUCUGGACGGGUUGUACGGAAGCAACGGCUUUCGGAUAAAUGGAGUGUCGUCGAAUGGGCUCAACGUGAGUGGAGGAGCGCUGCAGAGCAGCAAAAUCUUUAAGAAUCGGGAUCCAGAACUGGAGUCGCUGUAUACUAUCAACACCAUCCAAUCGACGCCUCCCCCGCCCGCACCUGCCCCGCACCGAAAAUCGUCCAUCGACAUCGUCGAUCCCGCAAUCACGCUGCAGCAGCUGCACAGCCAGCAGUCAGAUGUCCAGGCGGCCUUGAAAGAUAUACGCACCUGCUUGCAGCGGAACAAAACGCUUCCAUCGCCCACGCAACAACCCCAACUCGGCAUAGGUCAAUCACUCCAACAGCAGCAGCAGCAGCAACCCACCGUCAAAGGCUACGACAAGCACACGAUCACGAUGCCGGUGGACAAAUCGCUGGAAUCUCCCGUUCCUUCCAUCUCUCCGGUGUGGAUUCCCCGUUCGACGCGGGACGGCAAGCUGGUGGCGCUGUCACCGACUCCGACCACGAAGAACCCAUCACCCGGGCUGUUGCUUCCGACGACCCCGACCGGACCAACCGAGCGGUCCACGAACAUGGCCAGCGAGAAGGACUCGCUGCUGCACGGCGGAACCAGCGCGAAGAAUCUAAGUGCUCUUGACGACGACGAAGACCCGGACACGGACCUGGAGACGGACCGACUGCUGGGCCAUCAACGGCUGGACGACCAGGGCUUCUACGACGACAAUAGCAAGAGUUGGACCGACCGGAAGACUCGCUCGAUACUGCACAAGCUGUCACCGAAGCAGCAGACGACGGUCGGUGCUGGAUCUGGAGUCACCAACAGCUCGCAGCUGUACGGCGGCGGCAAGCCCAACAACAACCAGGGCGGUUCGCUACUGCGGCAGAGUUUGUCGACGCUGCUUUCACCUACAAGUGCCGUGACGAGUGCGCAGCAGCCGGUAGCUAGUCAGCUGCCGGAACUGGUCACCUCAACCAAGCAGGCUUCGCCGGCGGCGGCCCUGCUUGGUCAGAGCCAGCAAACCAACAACAACAACAACCUGAUCACGACGAACUCCAGCGGAAACCUGAUCAACCUGAACGGGCCGAACGAUGCCGGAAGUGGAUCGCCCGAGCACAGCCACCAGCCGUCCCCGAUCAAGCUGGAGAACAACAAGACGACCAUCGAGAGUGCGAGCCCGAACGGGUCGAACAACUCCAAGUCCGACACCGAUAAGAAGAAGAAGAGCAAAAAUAAGGAAGUCCUAAUCGAGGGAGUUUUGUUCCGAGCACGAUACCUCGGUUCGACGCAGCUCGUGUGCGAAGGUCAACCGACCAAAUCGACACGCAUGAUGCAGGCCGAGGAAGCCGUGUCCCGAAUCAAGUCCCCCGACGGUGAACCCCAGCCGAGCACCGAGGUCGACCUGUUCAUCUCGACCGAGAAGAUCAUGGUGCUCAACACCGACCUCAAGGAGAUCAUGAUGGACCACGCGCUCCGUACCAUCUCCUACAUCGCGGACAUUGGCGAUCUGGUGGUGCUGAUGGCGCGCCGGCGGUUCGUCCCGCAGGAGGUCGACUCCGGGGAUUCGGGCGGGGGUACCGCCACCAACGCAACCAACGGCAACCAGUCGGGCGCGAGCCAGACGGGAACGACACCGCCGCAGAAGACCGGCGCGGGACCGAAGGGGAACCGCACGCCCAAGAUGAUCUGCCACGUGUUUGAGAGCGAGGAGGCGCAGUUUAUUGCUCAAUCGAUCGGACAGGCCUUCCAGGUGGCCUACAUGGAGUUCCUGAAGGCGAACGGCAUCGAGGAUCACAGCUUCAUGAAGGAGAUGGACUACCAGGAGGUGCUCAACAGUCAGGAGAUUUUCGGCGACGAGCUGGAGAUAUUCGCCAAGAAGGAGCUGCAGAAGGAGGUGGUCGUGCCGAAGGCCAAGGGCGAAAUACUCGGCGUGGUCAUCGUGGAGUCCGGGUGGGGUUCGAUGCUGCCGACGGUGGUGAUAGCGAAUCUGGCCUCGGCGGGAGCGGCCGCUCGCUGUGGUCAGCUGAACAUUGGCGAUCAGAUCAUCGCCAUCAACGGGCUGAGUUUGGUGGGGCUGCCGCUGUCGACCUGCCAGAGCUACAUCAAGAACACCAAGAACCAGACGGUGGUCAAGUUUACGGUGGUUCCGUGCGCGCCGGUGGUGGAGGUGAAAAUAAAGCGACCCAAUACAAAGUACCAGCUAGGCUUCAGCGUGCAGAAUGGGGUGAUCUGCAGCCUGCUGCGCGGUGGCAUCGCCGAGCGAGGUGGCGUCCGGGUGGGCCACCGGAUCAUCGAGAUCAACAACCAGAGCGUGGUGGCCGUGCCCCACGAGAAGAUCGUGAACCUACUGGCAACGUCCGUCGGGGAGAUUUUGAUGAAAACCAUGCCUACGUCCAUGUUCCGUCUGCUAACCGGCCAGGAGAAUCCGGUUUAUAUCUAAGAAAAGGAUGAUAUCGAACAGUGCUAUUGUUUUUCUGUUUUUCGUUUUCGGCAUAACACAUCUUCGCUGUAGUUCUUUAUAACAAAAACAAGUAAAACCAAACAAAACUGACACUAUUUAGCUAUUAUACACCAGAAGAAGAAGAAGAGACAACGCGACUCAUCCUACUACUAUCUCUCUCUCUCUUAUACAUACACUAAACUGUGAGAAUCUAUACUAUACUAUUUAUCGUAAGCAAAUGAACGUUUUGAGGAGCGUGCGCGAUAUUUCCUUAGAAGUGAAUGUACGCGCGAAAUAAUUGAAAACGGAAUUAAAUCACGCCUUGGCCUUGCAGUUAUUGUUGGUGGACGGAAA